AUGGAGGCAUCGACGACAUCUGUUGGCCGUUUUGAAAAGUUGCGCGUUAUUUUGCUGCGCCUCAAGUUUCUUCUCGUUGUCCCUGGUAAAUUCCACUUGGUCGUCGAGGGCAAAAUUAAGAUUGCUCCAGCAGCCAAGAAACUGUGGGGGCUUGAAGCGAAAGAUGCCAAGUCCCUUGCUUGCCGAUUAAAUCAUGAGGGGGUUUGGAGGGACCCAACAUGGGCAGCACCUGAAACCGUACACAGACUACGUGAUAAUGUUGUGAUAAGGAAGACCUUCAAGCGUGUAACGAACACCUGCUCGGAAACGCAAGCCACACCGAGACAAAAGCAAAUAGAACAUGCAGUGUCUGCACCGCUGGCGAUGUCGCGCCGCGGCGGCGGAUUCGCCGGCGGCGGCGGCGACACCGGCAGCAUACUGUCGCCGCGCGGCAGCGACAACGGCGGCCUGGGCGUCAAGAUGGUCGAGUACGUGCUGAGCACGUCGCCCAGCAACAAGGACAACAUGGGCCUGGAGCCCAGGCUAAGGGCUCUGCACCUCGACGAGAAGGACAAGGACAAGCCGCAAAGUCCCAAGGAGGAAAUGAACGGCCAACCGGUGCAAAAUGGACAGAUCGACCUAACCGAGCGAGACGACCAAAACCCACAUAUACACACUGAAAGAACAAAAUCUUUUAAUUUGCACCUGCCAACUGAUUGUCUCAUUAACCACGAGGCGUAUCGCCUGGCUAUGUUGCCAAAUGUCAAUCGAUUUUUUUUUUCAUACAAAAAGUAUUCCGUUCACAGCCGCACCCCCGGCAGCCGCCAGCCUUCGCCCGCCGAAGAGGAGCUCAACAAGAACGGAAUGACCUUGGUGCCGGGAACCACGCUCGUUCUAAAACCGCAGGAAGAGCUGCAGCAGCACUUGCACCACCUGCCGCCCCAUCUAGCGCCGCAUCUGGGCGUCACGUUGGCGGAAUCCCAGCAGCAGCAGCAGCAACAACAGCAUCAAUAUCCGCCGCCGCCGCCUCAGCCGCACCAGGUGGACAGCGCGGUCCUGCAGCAACAGCAGCACAACUUUGACGUUCAGUCGCGCAGAUUUAUGCACACCCACACGCAGGAUAAUUGCAUUUGGAAUCCUUUGAAUCCUGCAAAUAAAAUUGUGCAAGGACUAUUCCGUUAG